CAUACAUACCUCCCCUCCCCCGUCUUCUGACGCUUUCUAGCUGAUUCGAUUCUGGCUGCAUGCAGUGCAUCAUUAUUUCAUGUCAGCAACUGUUGCUUCAUUUCAGAUUGGAUCAGGGACAGUUGUCACUUAAGUGUUCAAACACCCAGUUUUCGUCGUAGGCCAACAUAUUUGUGCUGUUGGGUGAGAAUUAGUUUGGCUUGUCGGCAUCAUGGGCUUUCAAAUUAAUAAGGAAUUCGUCAAGACCACGCAUGGCAUGGCCAUGGUUGGACAAGUGGGCUUUGCAUGCAUAGGAGGAAUUCUCGGCAUCUUUUGGGGAACAGGCUUCUUGGAGUUCAUGUUUUGGUCUUCGUUCUUCGUCUCGUUAUCCUUACUUCUGUCUCACUUGGUGAACGCGACCCAAAGUCUGGAGACCGCCUUUCCAUGGCUGAUCAAAGUGGAAUUGGGAUACGCCCUCAUUUGGGGUUGUCUGACGACUCUCGCCGCCGUUUUAGCAUUCCUCUUCUUUGGCUUGUAUAUCCUGCCCGCCGUAAGUGAUAAUAGUUGGAUGUUUAAAAAUGCCACGAUGGCAUUGUCAGCUGCUAAGACCACGCACAUACAUACGUUCAUAUUCCCUAAAGCACUCUUGGGAAAAAAGGUUUUUCGAAGACCAAGAGUCAUUUUGUACAAGCCUUUCGGACCAUGACUAUCGAUCGCGAUC